CAUAGGGCGUUAGUGCGCGUGCGCGGCCCGGGCGGGGAUGGCGGACGGAGCGAAACGGCCGAACAAGAAGCUGCUUCAGCCGCUCGUCAUCCCGCGGAAUGCGGCCGAGGAACAGCGGUUAAAGCUGGAGCGGUUAAUGAAGAACCCGGAGAAGCAAGUACCAAUCUUGGAAAAACCCAAAGACUGGGCUCCACGGCCACCACCCGAAUUUGUUCGUGAUGUCAUGGGAUCAAGUGCUGGUGCAGGCAGUGGAGAAUUCCAUGUUUACAGGCACCUGCGGCGAAGGGAAUAUAUGAGGGAGGAGUUCAUGGAAAAGCAGGCAGCACAGCAAAGUCUGGAAGAAGAAUUUCAGAAGAAACUGGACAACAAUCGAAAAGUGGCUGAAGAGAAGACCGAGAAACGCAGGAAGAAACGUCAGAAGUUAAAGGAGAAGAAGCUGUUGGCAAAGAAAGCCAAGCAGGACUCUACAAAAACCACAGAAGGCUCUGAAAAUUCCAGCAGUGAGGAAGAGGAGAACAGCCCCAACAACAAGGUGGACGACUGUGAAGAUCCAAGCUUUGUAAUGGGUGGUCGGUGACCUGGACCUCCCUGAAACAAGAACUCUAUCAACACAGUAGCAUGUGCCUGUGGGGGUUUGUGAUUUGGAUACUUCUGGUUCCAAAUACAAACAGCAAAUGGCUAAGAUUCCCAACAGGUCUGACAGUAUUUAGAGAGUUACAGCUGUCUGUCAGACCAGAAUUCUUCUACUUUUUGAAUCCUGGUAUUGGCUGCAUUUUUGCUUUGAACUCCUUUCUCAGCACAGGACCAGCAAAUGACCUACUUUUAAAGGUGUGAAGUAAUUUUUCUGGAACAUUUAAUUUUCAAAUAGAAAUGGAGUUGCUAAGUUUUGAUUCUCUUGUACAUAACAUACAAAGUAAACAUUUUAUAUGUC